AUGUGGUCCACGUUAAUUAGAUUCGCAAUUGUUUUAAUAUCGGUAGCCCUAAAUGCUUCGCAGCCAAAUUAUACUAACUUUAGUAUUUCAAGUCGGAUUGUCGGUGGCGAACCGGUAACAAAUAACCAAAUUCCAUGGCAAGUUGCUUUGCUUUAUGGCGGUAGUCUCGUGUGCGGCGGUUCAAUAAUAAGCCCAUAUUGGGUUGUAACGGCAGCGCAUUGUAUAUUGGCAAACGCUCAUUUCACUGUACGAGCUGGCUCGAUUUUUCAUCAAAAAAAUGGCCAAAUUCGAAAGUCCAAAAGCAUCAUUAUACAUAAACGAUUUAAUAUAGAAACUAUGGAUAACGAUAUCGCUUUGAUUCGUCUCGAUUUGCCUUUUAUUUUCGAUAAAGCCGUACAGCCUUGCCGCUUGGCAGAGUUUAGAAGAAAUUCACCUCUAAAAGUGGUGGUCAGUGGUUGGGGUUUAACUAAUGAAAACGCCACAACACUUUCCAAUUAUCUUAUGAUGGCAAAAGUAUCUAUAGUGACACCGUCAGAAUGCCAAAAAGCUUAUGGCGAAAUUAAAAUAACAAAAAAUAUGAUUUGUGCGGUAGAUCCUAAUAAAGACUCUUGCUCAGGAGAUUCGGGUGGGCCACUAUUUUUUGGAAACGAACUAAUCGGAAUAGUAUCGUUUGGUAUUGGAUGCGCACGUUCCGACUAUCCCGGUGUAUAUACAUCUGUGAGUGGAUUCAAUUUAUGGAUUAAAAGAAAGAUCUCUGAACUUGACGGUUCAAGGCCAACAUUUAGUUAA